GUUGGUUGCACUGACUUACUGCGUCGUUUCGAGGCGGUCCGCGGUCGUGAUCCGAGCGACACGAACGCCUGCUUUUUUCUCUCUUGGGCGGUGUUGUGCUAAGUGACGAGGUGGAAGGAGCCACAGAUCACAGGGACGAUGUUUUCGUUAGCGAGAAGCGCUCUGGACAGAGUGAGGGACGUGGCAGCACCUCUGACGGAUAAUGCGCUCACUCGCACCGUUGCCUCGGCACCAGGGGCCAUUCUCGAUGCGACCAGGAGCGUCGUGUCUCCAGUUGCCGGAGCGGUCGCCGGUCUCCCGUCAACGGCCGUGUCGACGGCCGUGGCAGCUCCGAAAUUCGUGUUCCAUGCUGUGAGGAACACAACCACAGCGAUUGGCACCGGUAUAAAAGGUACAGCGAGUGCGCUCAACCCUUUCGGAUUCUUCCACAAGCUGACCAGAGGCGCAGUCGUAGGGAUCGGAGUGGCCGUCGGUCUGAUCGUUUUCAUCAUCCUGCUAUGUUGCCUGGUGGCUCUUUGGAGAUGCGUCAGGAGAAACGACAAGAGGGAGUCUCAAGGCCUGCUGUACCAAAUGCCGUUCAGAAAAGGUGGCCCUGUACCGUACUACACGAUGUACCAAGUUCAAGAGCCAGAGAAGUAGCAGAAGCACGGG